CCUCUCUCUUCAUACUUUAUCAGUGGUUAAGUGAGUACGACAUAUUUACUGUUACGCAUAACCUCAAUCAGACAAUUUCGCGGUUUUUUAGUCGAGGAUCGAUCUGGAUAUCAGAAUAGCAAAUUCUCGUGUUUUUAUUGAAUUAUUUAUCCCAUUGUUGACUGAGAAUAUUCGGAUAUGGCAGAUGAUGAUGCGAAUCCUCUGAAGGUAUUCCAGAAGGAUCCUAGGAUCCCCUGUCAGUACGGAGCGAAAUGUUAUCGAAAGAAUCCUGAACAUCACCAAAAGUAUAAACAUCCACCAGGAAACACACAGAAGCCAUCGACUACUAAAAUAGCAUCAAAGCCCCAGAAACGUAAGAGAAAUGCGAAAGCCGCUCCCACUAAAGUUAAAGUUCCAAAAGCCAGUCCUGAGCAUCAACGUAGAACAUCACCAACUCCUUCCUUGUCCUCAGGCGAAGAAGAGGAUCUUCCGGACUCAGAGAAGCCUUCAUCAUCAUCGAAUGAUGCAUCAGAAGAUGAAGAGAAAAAAACGUUCAGCGACCGCAAGUCCCCUGAAACGACGACUUCAGAAUCCAUCUUGAUGGAUUCACAAGAGAAUAAGGGUAGCAAACCUUUGGAUAUGCCUUCACCACAUAAAGGGCCAAAGGAAGACGUUACAAAAGACGAAAAGAAAUACAAAGACUCAGUCCCAGACGACCAGAAGCAGUUGAUCAAGGAGAUUUUCCUCCUGGAAAUGCCAGAAGAUUUUUAUAUGUUCUACGAAUUUUGUUGCUCGCUGUCUCCUGCAACUCCAGGAUCAGCUCUAAAGGCUAUUCGACUGGAACUAGUUGGUCCUUACGAUGUGUUAUGUGGAAAAAUUGAGAAAUUCUCUCCGGAUGAUCAGGAGAAGUACCUGAGACACUGGAGAUAUUUCUACGAUCCACCUGAGUUUCAGACAAUUUUGAAAGGUAAUGACAAAGAAGGACUGCAUUUUGGUUUUUGGAGAGAUAAAGACGAUGAAUUACCUGUUUUUGUGGCUAAAAAUGCAGCAAACGUGGACUGCAAAAUUAAACCCGUUGCUGAGACUAUCUUUGGCGCGGUUUCAGCUUUUGCGGAAGAACGCCUGAAAGAAGCUUCUCCUUUCGAGAAAUCCAGCAUCUCCCUUUUUUCUCGAAAGGUCAAACAAUUCGCUAAGACCCAUAACAUUAGUUUGGAACUGGAUUCGUUGAACAUGCGAUCGAGAAACAGAAAAUCGGUUACAAAGACGUUUCAUGGGGCUGGAAUUGUUGUACCUUAUGACAAAAAAACUCAAUUGGGCUAUCGAAAUCUGGUAGCUACUGAAAGUGAAUUUAAAUGGAUUUUGGGGAAAUUGGAAAGCAAGGAUAAUGAUACAAAAAAAGAAUAUAUUUCGAAAAUUGAAGAAAUAGAGAGACUGGCGACGAUAGCUGCGGACGAGUGUGAUUUCGGCACUCCCCUGGAGCUCGCUCACAAUUACUUCGCCAGUGGUCUUCAAUGUCUAGAGAGAAAAGCCCUGCAAAUGUUUAUAAUGUCCUACAGUCUUCUACAGCGCCCUGUCUUCUCCAAAAUCGCUGCUGCCCACUUGAAGGAUCGUAAAAAAGGUUGUAAAUUGAGCGUACUCUGAUGAUGAAAUUGUCUGGCUCUCAUAAUUUCAAUUUUCGCUGGCGAACGUCUGUAUUUUUCUAUUUAUUGUAUGUCAACUGUUCUUGAAUGAAAAAUGAAAUGAACCCUCCAUUUUUCACUGAGUUUCACUCAUCUGGAGGGAUCACCGACUAGUCGACCCCAGAGUCUGGGGCCAGACCCCAGACUAGUCGUGGUGCGGACCCCAUGACGAGGGUGGGCACCACUAUUUAUUCGUCAGUACAUCGCUUACUGGGGAUAAUAGCGUCAUCUGCUUGGCCGACGGUGUGUCCAGCAGUAAUACAGGGUGUUAGUAGCAGCUUCUGUGACUCUAUGGUUGUUACUCGAUUAGUUAGUGUCCUAAUUUCGAUUUAAUCGCCGCCCUGAUAUUUUUUUCGAUUUCAUAAGCCCUUGAGAAUAGCCAACGAACUACAUUUUCCACUUUUUGUUCAGAUGCUCUCGAUACUAGAGCGAAUAAAGGGUAUUUUAUUACA